AGAGAGAAAAAGAGAGAGAGAGAAACAAAACGUGACUAGGCACCCAAAGCGUCCUGUUAUGCAACUACUGACCUACUAACAUACAUUUUGAGACAGAAAGCCAGGAGAGAGAGGGGAGGGAAACUGGAGCGCGUCACCGACACGGAACGAGCAUCCGAAGCAAAACACAGGGGGUGCGGAGUGGCGGCACUCGGCUCGCGGCCGGACGCAGAGCGUGAGGAGCACGAGCGCAUAUCCAUAUGGUGCAUCUGAGCGGAGCGGCGAGGAGACGGAGCUCGGAGAGACACGGAGAGGGAAACGGAGACGCCGCUGCUGCGGACACUGUGCGUGGAUUUCGAGGCGCGCGCGGAGGCUGCUGAAGGGUGAAACGGUGCCCCCAGGAGCCUGGCAAGUUGAGCCAGACGGAGUGACCUACAUCCUGCGGAGCGCCCCGAGCAGCGGGCACGCUGCUGUCAGAUCGGCUCUUUCGGAGGGACCAGACGGCCAACCAAGAGGGAGGCUGAGGGUCAGAUGCAUCCCUGUCUCCAGGCUACAGGCGUCUCCUUGUGAAGCCAACGCCCACAAAGCUGAGAGAAAGCAGAACGGCAGAGCGUCCUUUCCUUUUCGGGAGACAAAGACUUUGCGCCUUGCGCUGCUUACGGUCCCUUGUUAAAUGUGGGAGGCUCAGGUUGCUUUCCACCUCUUUCUCAUCUUUCUAGCUAAUUUAGACACUUGAGCUUCAAAAAUACUGGCAGAAAUGUAAAGCGAGAACACACACACAUUUACAAAUGCGGUUCGCCCCCGGAAACGCACAAGUACAUCAGGAAGGUUUUUCUGAUCCAGCCACUUAGAAUUUCCAGAAGAGAAAAGGGAAGGAACACAUAGAAAAGAUCCCUCGAAAGACAACUCCUCUCCGUUCCCUUGUCGUAGAACUUGUUCAGGAACUCAAGUCUUCGAUGGUAGCCGAGUACCACAAUUCCAAGCGUCCCCCUGCCCGACAAUAAUGGAAAGCUUGCCGUCUCAAGUCCCAGCAUCCAGUUCCAACUGCACAGGCAAAAACCUUGACGACUUGGAGGGAUUCUCCGGCUACAGCGAACGUCUCCCCUCACCCCAGAGCAACCCAACCCGCCAGGCCAGGCUUCUCAAGCCCAAACCCAACAUGAGUGGCCGCCGUAAGCGUGAGUUCAUCUCAGAGGAGAAGAAGGAUGCCUCCUAUUGGGAGAAGCGCCGCAAGAACAAUGAGGCGGCCAAACGGUCCCGUGAAAAGCGCAGACUAAACGACAUGGUGCUGGAGAACAGAGUCAUGGCGCUCAAUGACGAGAAUGUGCGUCUGAAGACGGAGCUCCUGCAGCUCAAGCUACGCUUUGGGCUGAUCAGCACCGCCUCUUACAUGGAGAAGAGCCAGCAGAUCAGUGGCACUAACGGGGGAGCUGGAAGUUCUUCCUCCAGCCAUUACUUCUCUAGUGGCUACUCCAGUGGUUCACAAGUGAUGAUGAACUCUGAUUCCUCUGAGGCCGAGCAGUCCGGCCGGGGGGACAGCCACACACCGUUGGUCAAGUACUCCCCACGCGGGUCCCUGUCCGACAUGUCCGAUGGUUCAUCUCGUGACAGUCCCGAGCCCUUGAACUAUGAGGUCAAGCACGAGAGCGCGGGCAUGGACAUUGGAGGGCUUGAGGUGGAUGUCAAUGUCAACAAUGGAAGUGCCACGCAGAUUGUGUUCAGCCUCCACCCCAACCUGAGUUCUUCUCAUCAUUCGCACUGCCAGCUUCACCACGACAUUGUGGCAAACCCAUCGGCCCCUUUGACUGUCCCCCAGAGGAGUGUCAUUCUAUACCGUUCCAGCAGUGGCUCCUAUCCCACGGAGAGCCAGAGGUCCCCUCCUCCUCCACAACCACCACUACAGCAAGAACAACAACUGAGUUCCCCUGAUGCAUAUCCAGGCCAGUCUUGCAGCACUGCCCCUCAGCCUGGGAGCUCGGAGACUUUGGCAGAGGUGACGAAGCAACUUGAGAGGAAGAUGCUUGAUUCCCCGCCCUUUGAGUAUGCCAGCAGGAUGGAUGAGCAGUGCUAUGGGGUCCACAACCAGCAGGAGGGGCAGGUGCCUACCAGCCUUGUUUUGGACCUUCCUCGCAACCAUGAGGAGACAGAUUGUCACAUGUACAGCCAUCACCACUCUUGUCUCAGUCCCCGCAAUGAAGAGCCACCAGUUUUGACAUACGAGGGCCCUAGGCCUAAGGGUUACUACCAGGAACACUCAACCUCAGCCAAGGACACAUCCUCUAGUGAUGGAGACCCUAGAAGUUCAGACAAGGAUGCCUCCACAGAUGAUGAGUCUCCUUCCUCAUCUUGCUCAGAAACUGGGAGCUAUCGACAGCCAGCAUCCCAUCUGCCUGCUGUAUUGGUCGCUGCACCCCAAAGCCAAAGCCCAGAGGCUCAGGCAGAAGUAAGAGGCACUGCACUGCCUCACAAGCUACGCCUCAAGCACAGGGCCAUGAAUAGCGGGUCCCAAUGUGACCCCUCAGGUGGCCCACUGAUCACUGCCCCUGCUCUGCCCCAGCACCCUUACUUAGCUCUUACAAAUGUCAGUCAGCAGGUGAGCAGCAAAGAGGCAGAGAGAUGGACACAAACAGACUUCUGCAAAAAAGAAGAGCCCAGGAAGGAAUGUGGGAAGAAGGAGCCAACUGCACGAAACAGCCGAAAUAAAAGGUGUGACUGAGCGAACCAAGGAGAUGCUGGAGGUGGCUCCUAGCCCCUGUCUCCAGUGACUUCCUGAAAAAAAGUAGAGGCUCACUGACUGCAACUGGUUUUGUUUACCCAUGUCAUAUAACCCCUCUUAUAGCUUCUUUGUAACCCUUUGUCCUGAAACCAGAAAGCUGUAUUGAAAAACCUAACCCCCCAAAUGAGUUCAUUGGUGCACUGACAUAUGCUGUACAGAUGUCCCUGGUGUCUUUACCGGAGACAAGAAGCAUUUAGCAGGAUGGCACAGGGUGAGUGAAGGAGAAAGAAUGGAACUUCUUUGCUUCUGAUUUCUUUCAUUUACAAAAAAAGAUGUUAACCAAGAGCGAGCGCUUCGUGUCACCCUGGCAUGCCGAAUAAGUUUCACAAAAAGUUGUGCGAGCACAUUUUUUAUGAAGUGAAAACUUCAAGUGCCCCCUACCAUGGCUUACAGCCGUUCUAACACGGACUAAUGUGGAUGACAUCCACACGUACCAAACAGAAAACAUUCUGGGAACAUUGCCUUGACCAAAGAAACAAUGCUCUGACUGAGAGACCUAUCCAUCUUCUUUCUUCACUUUCUCUUUUUAUUUUUCAAGCACUUGGUUUGUAUAUUACUGUGAUAUAGAAGUAUACAUAUUAUAUAUAAAGAUAUAUUUUAAAGAGAAAACAAAAAAAGCUACUCAAAAAAAAAGACAGAAACUGUAAUAUGGAGAGAGGAUACGAACAGUCAACAGUCUGUCAUUGUGAGAAUGAUUGAAAAGUCCUAUCCCGUCUGUUGCUGCAAAUUCUAUCUAGGUGAAAAGAAAAAAAAAAAAAAUUAUUUUUACAUUUAAUGUUUAUUUAACGUUUGGGUGGAGUUUUUUCACAGGUCAUUAUAAAGUUUGUUUUUUAAAAAAAAAAUCUCGCCAUUUGAUAGGUGAACGGACAGGACGGUUUACGACACGUACCCUGAUAGAUGGCAUCGACCGGUUGAACGUUUACAGCUCCGCGCCACUGAGCUCGCCGUUCGGGACACGCCCUUGAGAAAAAGGCUUUUGCUAUUAAGAGUGGCGUGCAAAAUGGUUGGGGCUGAUAGUGAGAGAAUUCCACAAAGCACCAAACGUUGUGCUGCGUAGCCACCGCUUUGCCCUGCCUUCAAACAAGACAUUUGGUAAGAAGCGGGUAGACGGUAUUCUACCAGUCCGCAAUUCAGUCGUUGAAGCAAAGCUGCAUUUAGGGCCGCUUUUCUAGAUUAUCCCAAUACACAGCAUAUCCAUUCAUUCAUUAUCAGUAACCGCUUGUCCUAGGAGAGGGUCACGGUGGUGUGAAGCCUAUCCCAGAUGCAUAGGGCACAGCAGGCCAUUGCAGAAUAUACAGUAUCUGCUUCUCCUGUUCUGCGCGUAGACAACAGCGGUUGGGAAAGGAUACUUACUGGUGACGAUAGUCACGGGAGCAAAUUAAAAACAUGCAUGAAAAACAUUUUAGCAUCUUCCGUUACAGUGGGAGUCCAACAAAGCUUUGCUUAUAGAGAGCUGCAGCCGAAGGUGGGCAACACCAGCUGUGUGCGAAGGGGAGAGUACGCCGUGGUGACUGGUUGAGAUGAACCUCCACUCGGCGAUGGAGAGUGCUCACAAAGUGCGCCCAGAGCACCGUUAAACCGUAUCCGGUGCCCCUUUCCUUCCCACACGAUUCUGACGAGAGCCCUCGUGCCACAGUGGCGGCAAAGCGAUCCUGCGGUCCAGAACAACAUACCGUAAGCCAACGUGCUGCUCGUCACCCUUACGCGCGGGCGAGAUCCGCGUCCGUAGGCUCGGCCGUUUCUGUCGAUCCCGGCUCAGUAAUUAUUGACAGUAUUCGUCUUGCCCGCGUAUAACUUGCCAUUUUGAUAAAAUGUAAAUCUCAACACCUUCCCAGCACGACACUAAAAAAAAGACACCUACCACAGUAUGAAUGAAGAUAUUUAUUUCUUUUUGAGCUCCGCCUUCUUCGCGCGACAUAAAUGUACACCUGUCCCCGUUUCGUAGUCCUCAUUUCGUACAUAGCCGAAGUGUGCACUGGAUCAUAAAAUUUGUAAUGUCUUUGUAAAAAUGGAAGCCUAGUAUUUGGGCACUUGUGUAUAAAUGUAUAAAAAAAAAAAAACACGUUCUUUUUUCCCUUGCAUUGACAAUGUUGUAAUGUUUAUUUUGUUGGUUUUUUUUUUUUUUUUAAAUUUUAUUCUAAUUUUUUGGUAAAUGUUGUUCCUGUUUUUAUCUUACUGUGUCUAUCUGUCCUUCCCACUCUGGAAGGUAUGUAUUUGCCCGUGGAUGCCCCCAUACCCACUCCUCCCACCCCGUACCUAAGUGUGUAUUCAACUGUGAUUGGUGUGUUUUUGCUGACGGUUUUAAGAAAAACAGAAAAAAAAAAAAAGUGAUGUUGGUGUGAUCGAGGGGAUCUGCGAAGGAUAACCCCCCCAUUUUUUUGGAAAAGUAAGAAAGACACUAAAGGUUGUUGUGACAAAUGGGUGCAUUUCAAAUAAAACAGAACAAAAGCAAAAAAAAAAAUAAAUAAAUAAAAAGGUUGUUGAAUAUCUCAAACCGGCACUUCCCCCUUCUGCCUUUUGUUUCCAGCGCUAUUCAAGCGAGGGAUGAACUUCCACGCUGAAAAAUACAUGCUUCUUUACGAGACCUAAAUGAGUGCUGGCAAGGCCGCGCACCCAUGACCACCCGGAGAUAUCAGCUGUCAGACAAAGACUGCACAGCACCCCCCGCCCAUUGGAGGGGACACACUGACACACAUUGUGACUUACUCCACUGAUGUAACAGUGGCCUAGUUAUAAAGCCAGACAGACACAAAGUGAUGCACAGCCAUAU